UGAUAACGUCGCAAAAUACAAAACGGRACAAUUAUUUCCGAAUCCCGGACUGUUUUCUGUCUGAKCAAUUUUUUCCGAGGAUACGCUGGUGCGGAUCUCAUGCAAAUGGUGUGAAAAAGUUCUCAACGAUGUUGUCGUUGAGAAUUGGACGCGACUUGUCCAAGUGCAUGGUGGCUGCUGGCCGCUGUUCUCUGUUGCAAUUGCGUCUGCCGACGUGCGGGACCAAUUUAAUUCGACGAAGUUAUGGUGACCGCGGCAACACCAUUGGAGGUGGUCGCGAUGGAGGCAAAGGCGACGAUGACGAUGAUGGGUUCGUUAAACCCGGCAACUACAAGGUAUUCAAGGAUGACGACUCGUCAGUGAUUUUGGACGUGGAAGAGGAACGAGCACUGCUUGACGCGCAGUUGUCCGCUGAUGAUGGCCGUUCAGGUUUUGAAGAAAUUGAUCCAUUCGCUGGUUUUGAUGUAUCACGUGGCGUGUCCGGAGUGUUUGAAGUGGAGCAGCUAGUCGAAGUGCUCCAAAAGAACAAUGCCUCGAAUGUGUUCGUCGCGUCYAUCCCGGCCAAUGUGAGGUACGUCGAUUACAUAGUAAUUGCGACGGGGAGAUCGCAAAAACAUUUGUUGUCAAUCGCCGAUUUCAUUCACAAGCUUUUUAAGAAAAAGCGCCGUUCAUCGGACAACAUACCCAGAAUAGUGAAUAAGAAGCCUAUAGACUGGAUUGCAUUAGACAUAGGUAAUAUAGCUGUACACUUGUUGACAAAAGACACUAGGAAGAACUUCGACUUGGAGACAAUUUGGAGCGUUGGAGAAAAGUUCGAUUCCCACUUGAACAGGCCAGUGGAUUCGUUGGUCACGUUAUUGAACGAACACUCGUUUAGUUUAGACAAUUUAGAGCCGGUUGAUUUCGAACAUGUAAAAACUCACUAACUCUUUGGCGUACGAUUUUACUCAAGUCUACUGUAAAUAUGUUUUUGAAUAUUCUGUUUUGUUUUUAUUGUAUUUAAUUUAAAAACGAAAUCACCGUUUUUAUUACAAAAAUUAAAAAAGUAAUAAAAAUAAUUGCCUUGUGUGUGCAUAUUUUUCCACGUAAUCUGAACAUAUUUAAUAUUUUAAAACGAGUGUAAAUUGUAUACGCCCUCAGUAAAUAAUUAUACGUCUACUUAGUAUACUUGACUACUUCAUCUCUAAUACACUGUGGCAAUGUUUAAAUUGUUAGUAAAAUCAACAAUUCAUUGUAUAGGUAGUAGGUAUUGUAUAAUGUAUGGUCAGUUGAUUUAUGCGAAGCCGCGAAGGUAAAUGAAUAACGACUUUACAGUUUUUGUAAAGAGGUGGUACUUACUCAAAAUUGAAAUAAACGACGUAUCAUUAUACUAAACAAUUCUGAAAAAAAAUAAUCUUGGAUACAUCAGCAAAACGAAGAUAAUUCUUUGCAAUUUAAAUUUUUUGGUAUCUGUAUCGGCAAUGAAAAAUACAACGGUGUUAUAAAGGUUUUUAUUUCAUUUUAUUUAUUAUUACUUAUUGAAUUACCCGACUUUACUCUGGUUAAAAUAACUCUAUCUUUGACCGUUUUGUUUCAAUCGAAACAAUGAAACAUAUAAUUCAAACACAAUUAAAAUGAUUAAUUUUAUGAUUUUCCAUUUAGUUCUGGAUAUUAUGUUUUUUAUGUAAACACGAAAAAUGGAUAUAAACUCAACGAAUACCUAACUCUGAUGUAAACCCAACAUCGUUAAGAUUGGUAUUCAUCUUUAAUUUUCAUGUU